CACAUUAAAUGGACAUAUAAUAUGACUGGUCGAAUCACCAAUUCCAAUAGGUGGAGAAGAAGAUUAUAACUGAAUAGGAUGUCGAGAAAUUCAAGAAGACAAAAAUACUGGGCGAAUUAUUGGCAUUCUUAUAAUCACUAAUACAAUCAAUCUAAAAUAAGAAGAUUUCGUAAACAAAAGAUAAUGAGAAGUUCAUUCACAUUUAAUAAUUAGUAGUUACUUUAGAAAGUGCCACCAAUCCAAUAAUCAAUGAGAUACGGUAAUAAAGCCUUUAGAGAUUGGUUGGAUUAAAUUAACCCCAUAGUUGAUGAUUAUCUCAAGAAGUAACUACCAUAGAAUUUGCAAAAUGCUGCCGUUGAACUUCGAUCUUAUUUAUUGGAUUCAUUUGGAAAUAAACAAAGAAUAGACUAUGGAACAGGACAUGAAUUCUAAUUCUUCCUCUUCCUGUUUUCUUUAUUUAGAUUGGGCAUUUACACUGAGAAGGAUUACGAAGGAAUAGUGAGAUUAGCAUUUUAUAAGUAUAUCGAUUUUGCAAGAAAAGUUCAGAUGACUUACAUGCUUGAGCCAGCAGGUUCUCACGGUGUUUGGGGAUUGGAUGAUUAUUAAUUUUUACCUUUCGUUUUUGGAGCUGCAGAAUUGAUAUAAAAUGAUGAUGGUUUACUUCCUGACAGUAUUAUCAAAGAGAAUGUAAUAAAGAAUUAUAAAGCAGAAUACAUGUUUUUUUAAUGUAUAGACAUUCAUUAAUAAUGUGAAAAAAGGACCAUUCCAUGAGCAUAGUCCAAUUUUGCAUAGUCUUACUAAUUUGACUGGAUGGGAGAAGGUGUGCUCAGGAUUAAUAAAAAUGUUCUAAGGAGAAGUAUUAUUUAAGCAUCCAGUGAUAAAACACACAUAUUUUGGAACGAUUGUUGAGUUUAAAUGAAAAAUAAUUUGUGUAAAUCAAAUAAUAAAUAAACUAUUUUUAUUA